UCAAAAAAACUUUAUUGUCACACAUAGUGAUAGAAAAUUGUCUUAGGUUAGUGGCUCAAAAAUUACAUAAAAAACAAACAAACAAAACGAAAGAAGCAUAAACAUAAAAUUGCAUUAAAACACAACAGUCCAUGAAUAAAUGUCUGUUUGACCAUGUUCAAGAUGGACGUCGCAGUGGGAAUAAAAGAGUUUUUAUAUGUUCUCUUUUAGGUUAGAGGUUCCUCCUUCUGUCCGUUAACUCUCAAUUAAAAUAAUGAUGAAUCUUAAAUAUUUUCUUUACAAACACUGAACACAGUGAGGGGGCGGGGCUGCACGGAGAGCACCAGCAGGUUUAUAGAUUACUGAUUGCUGAAUGAGAUAUGAAAGCCGUCAAAGGUCACAUUUGGCUACAAGGCCACAGACAGAAACAAAGAAAGAGCCCGAGAGAGUAGACGAACAACCUUCAACAACACACCUGUGUGGCUGCAUGAAUAGGCUGCGAUCGCCGUGAAAAGAACGGAUCUGCUUCAGGAAACAAGUAACGGACACCUUCACGUGGACUGAGGAGGAAGACUUAACCAGAACCUAAACACUGCAACAAACACACGGUGACUUUCAGCUUCAUUAAUCUUCUGUUCAGCUUUUAGCCAGAGCCACAGGGUAAAAUCUGUUUUCAUCAGCUUUUAUCACAGAUGCUCUUUUUAAGCAUCACAACUUUUAUCCCUCAGACAAAAGGAUGCCAAGCACACUCAGGUUUGUAAUGCACAAAAUGACAAUGUACCUGGAAGUGUACCAGAGAGAAGAGAACGUGGGAGGUUGCCGGGAGGUGUAGACAGUGCAGGUAGUGAACAAACAGACUACAGGAAAUAAAAUGCAGCAUUUACAGGAAACCCAUGGGUAAACACCCUUCCAGGUGAGUGUUGGACAGCAGCCGUUUGACUGCAGGAGGUGGAGGUGAAGAGAGUCCAUCAGCUCGGAGACAAAACCUGGACGAUGCUGGACCUGGAGGUUAUAGGUCUCCUCCAGGUCCGGUUGCGUUUGUUCUUCUUCUCAGUCCAUUCAACUAAUCAAUCUUCAUUUCACCAAGCUAAUCUAAGCAACAUCACUACUGCUUCCUGGAGUCCUGAGUACAUUCUGUAUAUUAAAAAUGUCAGACAGCUACUGAUCAGGUGAACUGGUGUCCAGGCUUCAGUUUCCAUUUGGAAAACUGUUGAUCUGUAUGUUCCAGUGUGGACCUGAUAACUGACCCCAGAUAGAUGCUACUAAAUGCAUCAUUUUUAAAGAUAUGGACCAAACAGAUCUGCAGAGAAUUAGCUGCUGAUCCUCUGUAACUAUUAGAGGCUGGUGGUGAAGAACACCUGAACAGUUCUGUCAGGAGUGAGGGGGAAAGUGAGACAGAUUUGAAGACCACCAUCAGUACAGUUAACACUGAACACUGCGCUGAUGCUUCUUUUGAUUCUCAUGCAGGUUUUGUUCUAUUGGUUCUCUGGCUGGUUCUCUGGCUGGUUCUCUGACUGGUUCUCUGACUGGUUCUCUGACUGGUUCUCUGACUGGUUCUCCCACUGGUUCUCCCACUGGUUCUUCCAUUGGCUCUCCCAGUGAACAGCCAUGCUUGGAAGAACAGGAACCUUCAGUGGACGUUGCAGGUUUGACCUCAGACAGUGCUGCUCUUUCUCCUCUCUUCCACCUCCCCCUGACCUCCCCAAACAUUAUUACCCAGCAGGCAGUGGGGGCAGGAAUUACAGGAGGGGGCAGGAGGCGGGACAGAUGAACUCUGCUCAGAUCAACCGCAUCCUAAAGGCCAACGAACACAGCCACAAACUCCCAAGAGGCCCCGCCUCCCAUGGUGUCCUGGGUUUCCACAGCAACAUGUUGCCAUCCAACCACCCUGGCGAGGAUCGUCGCAGCAGCGCAACCUGCCUCCCGGGCCGUGGCGGCGUGCUGCUCGGUGUGUUUGAUGGCCACGCAGGGCCGGCAUGCGCCCACACCAUCAGCCAAAGGCUCUUCUAUUACAUCGCUGUGGCAACACUGCCGCUGAGGAUACUGGCGGAGAUCGAACGGGCGGUGGAGGAGGAACGGGCUGUACCGCCAUUGUUGGAGUGGCACAAACACCCCCAAGACCACAGUUGCCCUGAUGGAGGAGCGAUCUCCUUCCACAGCCUCCGAAACUACUGGCAGGAGAGGCUGGAGGACGAAGGCCAGGAGGAGGAGGAGGAGAAGGAGGAGGAGGAUGGCGGCAGGGUAACAUCAGCGCUGGUGAAUGCUUUCUGUCGCCUCGACUAUGAUCUGUCUGUGGAGGCCCAGGUCCACCUGUCCAUGUCCUCACCCAGACGGGUGUCUCUCCCUGGGGAAGGGUUGUCUCUCUCCAACCCCCUCCGGGUGGCGCUGUCUGGCUGCACUGCCUGUGUCGCCCAUAUCUCCAACGGCAUCCUACAUGUGGCCAACCUUGGUGACAGUCGGGCUGUUCUGGGUGUCCAGGAGCCGAACGGGGGCUGGUCAGCGGUCAGCCUCACCAAUGACCACAACGCACAGAACCCCGAUGAGCUGCAAAGGAUCCUGGGAGAACACCCGCAUACUGAGAGCAGGACAGUGGUCCGCCAUGAUCGCAUGCUGGGUCUGCUGCUGCCGUUCAGGGCGUUCGGAGAUGUCCGCUUCAAAUGGAGCGCAGAGAUGCUGAGUCGAGUCUACGAAACUCGACCGGAUGUCAUGUCUGCGGUCAGCGAGGCUGUCCGGAUGCUGCCGCCACACUACCUGACACCACCCUACCUGAGCGCCCAGCCGGAGGUCACCCGACACUGCAUCAGACCUUCUGACAAGUUCCUGGUCCUGGCGACUGAUGGACUAUGGGAGCUGAUGCACCGACAGACUGUGGUCCAACUGGUGGGGGAACAACUGACAGGCAUUCAGCAGCAGAGACCCAUAGUUCCCAGCAUGGGCAUGACACUGGGCGGCUUGCAGCACCUCCUGCUGGAGAGGAGGGGACGAGUUAUGUCUGUGCUGGAGGACCAAAAUACUGCCACGCAUCUGCUCCGCCAUGCCUUGGGAGAUGAUGGGUAUGGGGCAGUGGCACCAAACCGUCUCGCCAAGAUGCUGAGUCUACCAGCAGAUCUGGCCAGGAGGUACCGCGAUGACAUCACCAUCACUGUCAUACACCUAAAUGAGCCCGAUGUUUAAUCAGAGCAACUGUGGGAGUUAACCUGCUCAAUAACCAGGAGGUGUCUGAUCAUUCUGCAGCAGGACAGUGACUCCAAACAUACAGCUGGAGUCAUAAAGAACUAUACUCAGAGACAAGAACAAGGAGUCCUGCAACAGAUGGUCUAGUCCCCACAGAGUCCUGAUCUCAACAUCAUGGAGUCAGUCUGGGAUUACAUGAAGAAGACAUAGAGAAAGACUUGAUCCACAGAAUAACUGUGGCAGGUUCUGGAAGAUGCUGAAACAACCUACCUGCCAAGUACGUGAAAAGAACUAUGUCCAGGUGUACCAAGGAGAAUAUUUCACUAUUUGCAGAAUGAAUGUUUGGAAAUCAAAAAUGUGAUAUUUCCUGUUGAUAUACUUGCAGGAGACAUAAAGUAAGUCUAUGACAAAUGUUUUUGUGAAACAUUUGAAGAACAGACUGCAACAAACACCUACUUCAUGUCUUCCUGCACAAUUAACAGUUCUGUUUUUUUUAUGCUUUUCACAGAACAGUUGACUGUGUGUAAACAGACUUCACUGCUCAGACACUGAAUGAACCAUUUCCACUGGUCCAGGUUUUUUAAAUAAUUAUUUGUUUAUGCAGCUUUGACCUUUUGUUUGUAAAUUAUUUAAUGAUCCAGGUUAUGAUUAGUAUUUCUUGCACUAUGUAGAAAAGUAUUUAUUUACCAAAAUGUAGGAAGAAUGAAAAUGACGUACUGACCUACACAUCAUUUUCACCCUCACAUAUGGUUGAAUGUGAUAAAAAGUUGUAUGUAUGUUUCAUUUGUAAAUCAGACCAUAGUAAAGAUAGACCCACUUCUUUUUAACUAGAUGGUGAAUUUGAAAAUAAAUAGUAUGAUAUUUUCAUGUGGUGUCCGAUCAGCUGCAGCGUCCGAUCACGAGCAGGUUUCUAUAAAGGACUAUACAUCACAGGUGUCAGGGUCCUCGUUAAUCCUCCCAGCCAAUCAGAAU